GGCAAGUGCGCCUCGCCUCAUUUAGUCAUUUUCAACCUCACAUUCACAUUGCAGCAGGCACUAAGAAACUACCUACUUGAGAGUUGAGAUCUCAUAUCUACAAUACAGAAGCACUCUAGGAAGGCAACAUUCAACAGAUCGAGCAUAGCAAGCAAAAUAUGGCUUCUCUGAUCAAUGCAGCAGCCAGUUCUUCAUCUUCUUCUUUCCCACAUUCUUCUAUUGAUCACCAAAAUCAUUACACAUACCAGGUCUUCCUGAGUUUUCGAGGCAAGGAUACGCGCUUUACUUUUACAGAUCAUUUGUGCAAUCCUUUGUGUCAGAGGGGAAUUGAGACCUUCAGAGAUAAUAAACUCACAAGAGGAGAAGACAUAUCACAAGAGCUCCUCAAAGCAAUUGAGGAGUCGAGAGUUUCAAUCAUCGUCUUCUCUCAAAAUUAUGCUUCGUCAAGGUGGUGCUUAGAUGAACUGGUCAAGAUACUUGAAUGCAGAGAAUCCAAAGGACAGGAGGUUAGAUCAGUUUUCUACAAGGUAGAUCCCUCAGAUGUACGAAAGCAAACAGGUGCUUUUGGUGACGCAUUUGCUAAACUUGAUCAAUGCAAAUACAAGGAUAGCAUGGACAAAUGGAGGAAGGCUCUUGAGGAGGCAGCAAAUUUGUCUGGAUGGACAUACGAGGAAGAACGGUACGAGGCUGAAUUUAUCAACGACAUUGUUGGGGAGUUGUCCACCCGAGUAGUAAACCCUUCAUGUGAGUUGCACGUUGCUGAACAUCCAAUUGGAUUAGAGUCUUGUAGACAAGAUGUCAACAGUCUUUUAAAAGCCGAGGAAAAUAUUGUUCGCGUGGUGGGCAUAUGGGGGACUGGUGGAAUAGGAAAGACCACAAUUGCUAAAACUGUGUUUAAUUCAAUUCGCCAUAAGUUUGAAGGUAGCUGUUUCUUGGCAGAGGUUAGAUCAAGUUCAAGUUCCACUUUAGAUGGCCUAGCCCAACUACAAGAGAGACUUUUGUUUGAUAUUUUAAGGGACCCAACUUUGAAGGUGCGUAGUGUUGAUGAAGGUGUCAGUUUUAUAAAGACAAGGAUGCGACGUAAAACAGUUCUCUUAAUCCUUGAUGAUGUGAGUGAUUCUAGCCAAUUACAAAACUUAGUUCCAUCCCCUGAUUGUUUUGGGCUGGGCAGUAGAAUUCUCAUAACAACAAGAGAUAAAGGUUGGCUAACUACUCGAGUUGAUGGAGUAUAUGAGGUCAAAAUGUUAGAUAGUGAUCGAUCUUUGAAGUUGUUUAGCUUCAACGCAUUCAAAAAAAAUGGACCUCCAAAUGAUUACCUAGAACUUGCACGAUGUGCAGUAAACUAUGCCCAAGGCCUUCCAUUAGCUUUGAUACUUUUAGGCUCUCAUCUGUAUUGUAAAAGCAUAGAUGAGUGGGAAGCUACAUUAGAUGGUUGUAAAGGUGAAGAUCCCCACAGAAAGAUAAAAAGGGUUCUCAAAAUAAGUUAUGAUGCUCUGGGAGUAGAUUUACAAGGAUGUUUUCUUGAUAUUGCUUGUUUUUUCAAGGGUAAGUAUGUAGACAAUGUGAAACCAAUACUAGGAGCUUGCUACGUCCUCAAAUCAGAGUAUGGUAUUGCACUACUCGAACAAAAGGCCUUAAUAAGAAUUAACGGAAAGGAGAAUCGGAUGGGUGGUAUGAUUUGGAUGCAUGACUUGAUAGAAGAAAUGGGUAAAGAAAUAGCGUGUCAAGAGGGUGAGCCCAGCGAAGGUAGCAGAUUGUGGAAUUACGAUGAUAUCGACGAUGUUUUAACACAUAAUACAGGAUCAGAGAAAAUAAAAGGCAUUCAAGCACAGCAGGAGCUGUGGGACCAAGAAUACGAUGAGAUAUGUUUGAAUGCUAAAAGCUUUUCAGAGAUGAAAUAUCUCAGAUACUUUUCUAGCAUCCGUCGUGUAAAGUAUUCUGGGAACAUUGAUUAUCUAUCCAACGAGUUGAGGUGGCUUAAUUGGUUCGGAUGUCCGAUAAAGUCGUUUCCUUCAAAUUUUAAUCCAAGGAAACUUGUUGCACUCAAAAUUCCAUACAGCCCUCGCAUCACACGACUAUGGGAGGGAGUUAAGAAUUUUCCAAUUCUAACAUCUAUGGAUUUAGAAGGUUGUAAAUCCCUAAGAGAACUCCCAAACUUCACCAGAAUCCCCAACUUAAAAGAGCUGAAUUUAGAAGGUUGUGAAAGUUUAGUUGAGGUUCAUCAGUCCGUUGGAUCCCUAGAUAAGCUUGUGACCUUAAAUCUUAGAGGCUGCUGUAACCUUGUUAAGUUGCCAACUGAAAUUAGCUUGAAAUCUCUCGCUGCUAUGGAUCUUAGUGAUUGCACUAGGCUAGAGAAAUUUCCAAAAAUUAUAGGAAAGACGGAUUCUUUAGGAGUGUUGAACCUAUCAUUCACUCGUGUUAAAGAAUUGCAUCCGUCAAUUGGAAAUCUCAUUGUGCUUAAUCAGUUGAAUCUAGAAGUUUGUAAAAAUCUUACGAUUCUACCAUUCAGCAUCUACCGGUUGCAAAAUCUAGAGAUUCUAAAUGUGAGUGGAUGCUCAAAGCUUGUUGCAUUUCCAACAAAAGCAAGCAUUUCACAUGAUCAUGACAGUGGUCCACUAGCGCUUCCCAAGCUCCGUGUACUCAGAAUCAACAACGGAUGUAAUUUAUCAACUGCUGAUUUCAUUGGCAGUCUUGAUUGCUUGGAAACAUUAACUGAACUUGAUCUCUCAAGUAACAAUUUUGUUAGUAUUCCUGCACUCGGAAAAUUUGUCAACUUGCCGAGGAUUGACUUGCAUUGUUGCAAGAAACUUCGAGAAAUUCCACAGCUUCCACCAAAUACACGUGAGGUAAAUGCGAGUGACUGUGAAUCACUGGAGAGAUUUUCUAUAUGGCCCAAGUCUUUGAAUAUUCUAGAGAUGAACUUGUUGAAUUGCCAUAGAUUUAGAUACAGUCUGGGUUAUGACAUGGAGAAGAUGGAAAAUAUUUUGCUAAAUAAUCAGAACAACUCCCGGUUUUGGCUUGUAUUACCCGGUAGUGAGGUUCCGAAGUGGUUCCAUUGUUCGAAGGAGGUUGCUGCUAAUGAAAAAGGACCGUGCAAUGCAUGUGCAAUUUCUUUUGAAAUCCCAAGCAAAUUGAAUUGGGAGAACAUAGGAGUGGCUGGUUGUUCUGUUGGGGAAACUUUUAGUUAUCUAAGUCCCUAUCGAAUUGAUAUUUCCAUCAAUGGGGUACUCAUAGAUCAGUAUUCCACGUUUCAUCACGGUUUAAUGCUGGACCAUAUGUGGCUGACUUAUAUACCAUUAUCUGAUGAAAUAAAGGGAAAGGUGGAUCAAAAGGGUGGGUCGCGUUAUCAGUGUCGAGUUCAAUUUAACUGUGAUCGAAUGAAAUGCUGUGGGGCUCACCUCGUAUGCCAACCACCGAAUGAUUAUUCAAAUAAGAUUGUAAUGGCGGCUGAACCUGCCCAUGAGAGUGGUAUGCCGAUGGUAGACUUGCUUUCGUUGCUUUGGUCUGCGAAUUCUGAACAGAAGAGGCCUCGUACUGGAGCCAACGACAAUUAUCACCAUCAACGACCAUUUCCUUCAAAACGACAGUGCACUGAGGAGCAACCAUCAAUGGCUCCCAUCCACAUCAUCGAUGACGACGACCUUUCUAUUCCCUCCUCUGAUUACUCUGCAUCUGCAUCCACCUUAGAUAUGUGGUGGAGUUCUUGGUAUUGAAGCUUUCAAGCUAACACCAACUACAAUGGGUGAUAGGUUUACAAACAAAUCACACCACACUCUCACUCACACUUCAAGAAAAGAAGCAAGAAUAGCAAAGCAAAGGAAGAGAGAAAAUGGAAGACUAGCUACUGCUAUCUUAUUGAUGAACUCUUCAAUGAGUUAAUUGGGAUGAUUACCACACGUACUAGCUGAACCCUUAUAUAGGUAUUCUUACAAAACAUAGCAGACAAAGCAAUGAAUGCAAUGUCUAUGGUAUAACUUGACUUACUACACCAUGCAUAUGAGAAAGCAAUAAAUAUGCAGAAACUUAUUCAAACUAAAUGGCCUAGCUAUUUGUAUAGCCUGCAAUAGCUAAAAGGUAAAAGAAGUAAAACGUGAUUGCCAUCUAGAUGGCCUCCAAUCCAACAAUUUCAUCAUUGAUUUGAUUUGCAAUUUCAACAGGAAUCCCCUGGAUCAAAUCUUCCGGACUUCUAAUUGGCAACCAAAUCUUGAUCCUCUUCCCAAUCCACAGUCAGACUCUCGCUAAUCCACAGUCUACCUCACCAUCAUCUGUGGGGACUCCAGAUUUUCCACUCAGUAAGGUUACAGAUAGACUCUGGCCAAGUUGACUACAUGCUGAUUGCAGACCCAAAUGUGUUUGGCGCAAAAACCAGUUGGCUUGCAAACUGUCUCUUUUGAGCGUGUGCGCAGGCGUGCCAGCACCGUGGGGUGCAGUCGUCGGGGGAGUCCCUUGACCUGACUUCUUCUUCAAGCGUUGUGGACGAGGAGAGCACCAACCUCGCCACAAGGUUUUUCUCUAGCCUUCCGGGAAAGGACUUUCUGCCUUACGGAUAAGGACUUUGGGUGUGAUCUCUUCGCGUCACCGAAUCGAUACUUAGUAUUGUAGACUAAGCAGAGCAAUCACUGGGAAGUUUGGAGAAAGCACGGGUUGCGCUAAAGCGUGACUUUAGCUUCGCUGGGUUGCGAGGGCGUUACCCUUGCUUCGCUGGUAGUAACGGUGGCGGUUAUGCUCGCAGUCGGCUCGUGGGGAGACUAGGACUGGAAGUACGGUCGCCGGGUUGAUCUGGUGAUGCUGACAGUCGGCUCUUGGAGAGACUGGGACUGGCGCGCGGUCACCGGGUUUCAACGAGGUUGAAGGUUUGCUCCGGGGAGGCUUUGUAAUCGCUGCGAUUGAU